GUCUAAAUAACUGACUAGACAUGUUAGAGGCACACGUUCUGCUCCUAUGAAAUGGUCUUCAUUCUUGUGCAGCAGAGGAAUGACCCCCCUGAUAAUUAUUGUUCUGGUGUUGACAACAGCAGAAGUUAGUGCUACGAUCUGUAAUGUCACUGAGGAGAGUAGAGAUCAUCAAUGUUAUGCGGCUCUGGGAGAAUCUAUGUCAUUCCAACUGACUGCAAACACAAGGGAAGAAAAAAUUACAUUGAAGAAAGGUGAUAAUCGUAUUCUGAACUUCCAAACUGGAGAAGACUGGAGAUCUAAACUGCAUCAGGAUUAUGUGAAUCGCUCUGAGUUCUUUAAUAAUGGAACAUUCAGACUGGACAGAGUUAUAGAAGAAGACAGUGGAGAUUACCAAUUGGAAACAUAUAAUUCAGAGGGAGUAGUGUUGCACAAAGUCAACAUGCUACUUGAGAUAAAAGCCCCGGUGUCAGAGCCAGUGUUGUCUCACCUCUGUCUGCCUCAUGGAGAAACCGUGGUCACAUGCUCCUCAGAGGGAGAUGGUCUUCAGUACAGCUGGUCCCUGAAUGGCCAGAAUCUGACCAGGAGUGUUGCCUAUGACCACUACCAGAACAGUGUCAUCAUACUGAAGAGUGAUGUGACAGGAACCCUGACCUGUAUGGUUCAGAAUAAAGUUAGCACCAGCAACUCCACUAUUCAGCUUCCGGUAUGCCAAGCUUUGUAUGAAUUUUGCAUGAAAAAGUGACCACAAGAUCAAUGUUUUGACAAGAACCACGUUUUGAGAUUGUGGAAAUUACGUUAAGUACUGUAUCAGAUGACUUUCAAAAUAGCAUAAGUAUGACUUUUUCUAAAUAUUUAAUUCAGGUGAUAUAAUUUGCAGCAUCAUACUUUUUUAAUUGAACUUUUUUAUAUAGAUGACUCAUAUCUGAUGUACUAUACGGAAAUAAAUACUGUUGUUUUAAAGUUGGAAGCAGAAGUGCCUCUUUCAGGGAGGAAUCAGCAUGACCUCUAUUCAAAGCAGAAAAACACAUCCAGUUUUCUCAUUUUGAACCUAUUGCUUCAACCUCAGUUGUAGCCAAACUAUUAAUUUCAAGACAAUGAAACGCCUUCCAUUGCAUCGUUGAUUAUCUUUUCAGAAAUAACUGAUUUUGAAACAUGUAGAUAAGAAAAUAGGAAUGAUACUUUGCAUUGCAAGUACACUGUUUUAGCAGGCUGUGGUAAAGUGGCUAACUGAUGUGAAAAUGAAACGGUCUGAUGAUGCGCAUCAACAGAGCAAGGCAAACCACAGAAGUUAAACUAGGCCCAGAGUGUAAAAUGCAUUGGGUACUUUAGCAGGUUAGAAUUCUAUAUUUUAUACAAAGUGGUUAAUGAGUGUGCUUUGCAGAGUAGCUAAAAAAGAAACGGUACAACUUGCAUAUGAACAGCGUCCCGCAGCCACACCUGUUAGUGUUUCUACAGCUCAGUAGCUCUGCCUGGCCUGUGAUCAGCCUGCCCUUCAUGGAGAGAAGAAGAAGUGUUAUUGUGUUGUUGACUGUACGUUUGUUUAUCCCAUGUGUCACUCUGUGUUUUUGUCGCACUGCUUUGCUUUAUCUUGGCCAGGUUGCAGUUGUAAAUGAGAACUUGUUCUCAACUGGCCUACCUGGUUAAGUAAUGGUGAAAUAAUGUAUAUAUUUUUAAAAGUGAAAACAUGAGUAGAACAUGGAGUUUACAAACAUGUCCUCACCCCAUACUCUGAGAGUUUUAACAUCUACUGGUGGGCUUCCAAUGUGGAUGAUGCUUCUUCACCUCUCCAUAAGCUAUGUUGUUGCAGAAGACAUCAGAGUAGUUGGACGAGUAGGAAACUCCAUAUUCCUUCACCCUAAAAUGCACUUACACGCCAAGAUCUCUGACAUAAGAUGGAAACAUGAUACUACAGAUAUGUUAAUAGUUAGAAAUGGUAUGCUUGUUAAUUUAAUGGAUAGGUGUGAGAUCUUUCUAAAUGGUUCACUGAAGUUUAAUGAAGGACUGAAAAGAGACAGUGGAAAUUAUACUGUUCAACAAUACAGUGAAAAUGGAGGCUGUUUAUCCGAGCGGCACAUUGAGCUCAGUAUUCUAGAACCUGUUUCCAAACCAAAGGUGAGAACCGCCUGUACUUUUGAUGGGAGAGUUGUUCUGACCUGCUCUGUUGACAAAGGAGACAGAGUUGUGAUGAUCUGGACCGAGCAGCCAUUUGCCUGGACAGGGUCCAAUCAGACCCUGAGCUCAGGUCCUGUUCUAUUCCUGGACAGCCAUACGCCUGGAAACCUGACCUGUGUGGCAAUGAACGAAAUAAGUGAGGAAGGCUUCAGCCCAGUUGUCCCAACAUGCAGAGGUCAUAGGUCAGCUGUGGCUGCAUUUGGUCUCUUUGCAUUUGCACUGACGACACUGGCCGUCGCCAUUCUACAUUUGAAGAAGAGGCGUCAGAAAAAGAAAAAAGGUCAAAGUCAGUCUGAAUAUGUGGAGGAGAACAACUACAUUGAGAUGCGUGGGAAUUUAUGCAACAAAUGGCCACAGGAGGAGACCACAAUCCACCCGGACCAAGACACCUCCCAUUACGAAUUCUGCAGACCUCUUGCACCUGCUUCCAGCGAGAGAAAGAGACGACUAUCACUGGAGUUGAAUGAUAUCUAUGUAUGAAGAACAAUGUGUUAAUGGCAUUACAUUUCAAUAGUAUCGAUUUGUUUUCCAAUGUGAAGUAUGCAACUUCGCACCAUAAUUACUGAUCAUUUUUUACAAUUCAUUAUGGUGUAUUUCUGCGAUAGAUUUAUUUUUGUUGCAUAGUCGUAGAGCCUAGAGAAGCAACAUAUAGGGCAUUAUUUCACCUGUAUUUUGAUAUUGUAUCAUACCCGUACUGACUUCAUUAUCAGACUGGACCACUAGGUGGAAGCAUUACAGUGUGAUAAAGAAACAUGGUGACGAGAGGUGAGAAGAAACAUCACAGGAUUACUGUCAUUACAUCAAUAGUUGUUUCAAAACAUAUGGACGCUGCUGGGACGACUGUAAAUUAUUCCAUUUCAAACUGUUCUAGCUAUUAUUGUCUACUGUUUGUUAAACUUCAAAAUGUCCAGAUAAAAGACUCCUGAGUGGCACAGCGGUCUAAGGCACUGUUUCUCAGUGCUAGAGGUGUCACUACAGACCCUCGUUUGAUUCCAGGCUGUAUCACAACCGGCUGUUAUUGGGAGUCCCAUAGUGGUGCACAAUUGGCACAACCUUGUCUGGGUUAGGAUUUGGCCGGGGUAGGCCGUCAUUGUAAAUAAGAAUUUGUUCUUAACUGACUUUCCUAGAUAAAUUAAUAAUAUAGCCAGGGUUCUCUGUUUCUGGAUAGCUACCCUCCUGUAGGUUUUCAAUCCAAAUUUCACUUAGCACACCUGAUUCUACUAAUUAGCUGGUUGAUAAUCAGAAUCAGGUUAGUUACAACUGGGGUUGGAGUUGAAACCUACUGGACGGUAUCUCUCCAGUAACAGAGUUGGAGUGAACCUACAGGAAGGUAGCUAGCUCUCCAGUAACAGGGUUGGAGUGGAAACCUACAGGAAGGUAGCUAGCUCUCCAGUAACAGGGUUGGAGUGGAAACCUACAGGAAGGUAGCUAGCUCUCCAGUAACAGGGUUGGAGUGGAAACCUACAGGAAGGUAGCUAGCUCUCCAGUAACAGGGUUGGAGUGGAAACCUACAGGAAGGUAGAUAGCUCUCCCGUAACAGGGUUGGAGAGCCCUGGCACUACAUACUACACUCAUUACAUUGUUCAAGUCACCAGUCCAGUUUCAUUACAGGUGAUGUUAGAAUGAAGAAUGCAAAAACAUGUAAAUAUUCUUACUACAAGUUUUUUUAAAGUGUCAAAUAAACUACAUAUGCAUACAUAUAA